UAGGGAUCCCAGCAGGCAGGGGGAGGUGCGAGAGGGUUCGGAGGACAGGCCCGGGCAGCGAUCGGGGAUUUGGCUCAACCUUCGAGAGGCAGGGCGCGGUUGUCCACAGUCCUCGCUGACCACACAAGUUGCGUCUUCUGUGCUCCAUCACCCGAAGCUCAGUAGCCAAAGCCCUGGCGUCUGACCUCGCCAUGCCUAGCCUUUGGGAUCGUUUCUCGUCCUCCUCCUCGUCGUCCUCGUCCCGAACUCCAGCCGCUGAGCGGCCGCCGCGCUCCGCCUGGGGGUCUGCGGCCAGAGAAGAGGGCCUUGACCGCUGCGCGAGCCUGGAGAGCUCGGACUGCGAGUCUCUGGACAGCAGCAAUAGUGGCUUCGGGCCGGAAGAAGACUCCUCAUACCUGGAUGGGGUGUCCCUGCCCGACUUUGAGCUGCUCAGUGACCCCGAGGAUGAGCACCUGUGUGCCAGCCUGAUGCAGCUGCUGCAGGAGAGCCUGUCUCAGGCGCGAUUGGGCUCCCGGCGCCCUGCGCGUUUACUGAUGCCGAGCCAGCUGGUCAGCCAGGUGGGCAAGGAACUCCUGCGCCUGGCUUACAGUGAGCCGUGCGGCCUGCGGGGGGCGCUGCUGGACGUCUGUGUGGAGCAAGGCAAGAACUGCCACAGUGUGGCUCAGCUGGCCCUCGACCCCAGCCUAGUGCCCACCUUUCAGUUGACCCUAGUGCUGCGUCUGGACUCUCGCCUCUGGCCCAAGAUUCAGAGCCUGUUGAGUUCUGCCAACUCUUCCUUGGUCCCGGGCUACAGCCAGUCCCUGACGCUGAGCACCGGCUUCAGGGUCAUCAAGAAGAAACUCUACAGCUCCGAACAGCUGCUCAUUGAAGAGUGUUGAACUUGGUCCUGUGAGCCACACUGCCCCCAAAGUGGAGACAAGGAACUUUUGUGGUGGAGACCAGCAGGCAAGGGCUGAAGGACUGACUGAUGCUUGUGUUAGAAAACUGACAAUAGCCACCUGCAGGGUGCAGGGCCAGGUGGGAGAAGGAAGUGUUGUCAAGAAAGGUCUCUAGAUUGUGUGCAGGUGGCUUACUGUUGGGGCACAUGUGCCUCAGUACUGUAGCAUGAAACAAAGGCUUAGGGGCCUCACAGGCUUCUGGCUGGAUGUGUAUGUAGCAUGUACUUUAUUAUUUUUUGUAUACUGACAGUUACAACAGUAGUGUGACAGAGCCAAAAGGGGCAGCUGGUCUGCACUAGCCUCUGUCAGGGGUGUGUGCUAAGGAAGGGUUGGGGGAUGUCUCCAAGAUAGUUUGUGUAUCUCAUGGUCUGCAAGGACCAAAUGUGUUUGUUUUGUAUCUUUUGUUUUCGGGGAUCGGAGCUUCACUACUGAUCUGUUCCAGGCAGCUAUCUUACAGACGCAUGAAUGUAAGAGUAGGAAGGGGUUGGGUGUUAGGAUCAUUUGAGAUCUUUGACACUUGAAAAAAAUAACACCUGGGAGCUGCUGUGUCCAGCCCAUCCCCUGCUGUGUACUGGAGGAUUGAACUGUGAGGGGAUGGGGCUGAGGGGGGUGAGGGGCUGGAACCCCUUCCCCAGAGGAGUGCCACCUGGGUCUUCCAUCUAGAACUGUUUACAUGAAGAUAUUCACGGUUCAUGAAUACACUUGAUGUUCAAGUAUUAAGACCUAUGCAAUAUUUUUACUUUUCUAAUAAACAUGUUUGUUAAAACA